AUGUCAUAUAUACGGCAAUCUGAAUCUGAGAAUGACAAUGGCUCUUCAAGUUUGUCCUCGAGUCUAUCUUCGAACCUGUCGCUGUCCUCAAGCAAGCCCAAGAGUGCACAAGAGAUUGAGGACCGUUGGAUGGACACACGCAUACCUUUAUCUACAUCGAUAGUUUUGGACAAGCUUCCUGCAAGCCAGCAAGAGCAAGUGGAGAAAACACUAGAGAAACACGAACAAAAACAUCGCAUCACUGCAGACCUGAGCCACGGACCCGCCCCAGAGGAAGUAUCCAAAGUAAGCAUACGGUUCCAACCAAUAGGGUCAACUGCUGCAAUCAACCCCAAUGUGUUUAAAAUAUCAUCAACACAAACAAUUGCCACCUUGAGCAAGUUUUUGUGCAAGAGGCUAAAGCAAAAUUAUCUUUGUUUGUAUAUUCAAAGCUCGUUUCUGCCAGCACCAGAGGAGAAAAUAGGCAAUUUGUAUGAAUUGUUCAAGACAAAGGAUGAACUCAUUAUAAGUUACUGCAAUUCAGUAGCUUUUGGAUAA